UUAAAGAAAUUUCAGUUUUUAUGUUGUUAAAUUGGUUAUAUUACAGUGCUAAUCAAUUUGGAUGAAGGAAUCGCUACGUUGUGUUUCUGCGCCUAAAUCUAUCCAUCAUUGCCAUUGGCUGAAAAUGUAUUCACUGAUAAAGCACUUGAAGCUUCCCUGAGAUUGCUCUGCCGAGAGAGCCACUGAAUUGCUGGGCGUGCGAGCCUGCGGCGUUCCUAUCGCGUCUCGCUUCCGUUUUGGCUUUUAAUAAAGGAACUGGAAGUUUUUAAAAACAAGAGCAAAGUUAUGGAGACCCCUGGACUUUGGAUACCAAUGCCAGUUUCAAGCAGUGAGAAAGGCUUAACGAAUCCAUGCCGGCUACAAUACAUAGAAAUAGCUCCGUAAUAGAAAUUAGCACUGCCAUGUUGGUCUGCUAAUUUGUGAUACUCUUUAAAACACUCGAUUUGAAUCACUUGGGAAUCCCGUGCUGUGAAGAGCCGAGCUAUUUCAGCAAGUGAAGGUUAGACUGUGACUGUCGGCGGUUCUGUUUUACUGCACUACAUAUUUUUCUAUUGCAGUUGCACAGUACUUAUUAUCGGUCAUAAACACAAGUAAAUCCACUUGCUUUAUAUCUUUGAACGAGCAGAGACUGGGCUGGAGUGCUCUAAAUCGGUUGUUACAGUAUCAGCAUCACUCAUUUUCCUGGAAAGUAGUCGAUUGUUUUUUCCUUUUACAGAUGUUACAGCAUCAUGUGAACUGAAGCUUUCCUCGAUACCUGGAGAUAAGAAAUGCUGUUCUCUCAAUCGUGACAGUUGAAUGAAUACCGUUUCUUCCGCUCUGAUCUUCAUGACUCGGUAUCCCAACACUUAAACUCCAUUCCACCUGAUAUCACAGCCCUCUUUCCUGAGGUGUAAUUGCUCAGUUGCUGUGGCCCACCCUUAGAAUAGCGUUUAGCGCUUAGAGUUGGGGAGAUGGCAGCUGCACUUGCCAGCUCCCUGAUCCGACAAAAAAGACAGGCUAGGGAAUCCAACAGCGACCGCGUUUCAACCUCCAAACGCCGUCCGAGCCCCAGCAAAGAUGGGCGAAACCUUUGUGAGAGACACGUAUUAAGUGUUUUCAGCAAGGUGCGCUUCUGCAGCGGCAAGAAAAAAACAGUCCGGCGGAGACCACCUGCAGAACCCCAGCUGAAAGGUAUUGUCACCCGGUUAUUCAGCCAGCAGGGAUUCUUUCUGCAAAUGCAUCCCGACGGCACCAUCGAUGGGAACAAGGAUGAGAGCAGUGAUUACACUCUCUUCAAUUUGAUCCCUGUGGGUUUGCGUGUGGUAGCCAUACAGGGAGUGAAAGCUGGCUUGUAUAUAGCGAUGAAUGGCGAAGGAUACCUCUACACUUCAGACGUGUUCACACCGGAGUGCAAAUUUAAGGAAUCAGUGUUUGAAAACUACUAUGUCAUCUACUCCUCAACGCUGUUCCGACAGCUGGAGUCCGGCCGGGCCUGGUUCCUGGGACUCAACAAGGAAGGGCAAGUCAUGAAAGGAAACCGGGUGAAGAAAACAAAACCCUCAUCGCACUUUGUACCAAGACCAAUUGAAGUGUGCAUGUAUAGAGAGCCAUCCCUGCAUGAAAUUGAAGAGAAAAAGGGAGGCUCGAGAAAAAGUUCAGGGACUCCAACCAUGAAUGGAGGCAAAGUGGUCAAUCAAGACUCGACAUAACAGAAUCUUCACAACCACCUCCCCUGAGCAAAGGAAUGGGCCUGCAUUCACAACCCUCUCCCCAGAGCAUUGGUGAAAAAAAACUAAACAAGAACUGAACCCUGGCCUGUGCACCGUUUUACAGAAGAAAAAAAAGAAAAAGAAAUAUUUGAAAUUAGGACUUGAAUUUACAUUUUAUGGAAAAGUCUGCUGUGUGACAAAGGAAGUUCAUCUUUGCAUUCUGAUAAUAAAAAAUGAACUUUAAAAGUUACAUUUUGGAAUUAGACUUAAUUAAUUCUGUUAAUGGAGCUGUGCUAAAAUUCCAGCAUAACAUUUUAAAUGUUCAAGCCACUUUUGCUCGCAUAGUGCUAUUCUUAUUUGUUUAUUUAUUUAAUUAUUGGUUUUAGACCAGUCAUUUAUAUAACAUCAAUUUGAUAGGUAUGUUAAUGGAGGAUUUUAUCUGAAUAUGCUUCCCAAAACCAAGCUCAAAUAUUUUGUAAGAAUGUCCAUCAUUUUGGUAAAUGAAUUCAAUUUAUUCAUCUUUAAUAAUUCUUUAUUAUCUUUUGGUCAAGAAAAAAUGUGUCAAGUUCAUUUCCACGAUCAUGUGAUUUCAAGCAAUGCAAGAUGCGCUCU